GUGUUUUUAGAACGGCUCCUCACCGAAAUCCACACUAUAAGGAAGCAGCAGCUUUAUUGGCUUGGUCCAUGAUAUGAUUCUUUUAAUUAAAAACAAAAUUUUUUUGAGGUCAAAGAGCAAUAAGUUUCCCAUAGCUCUGUGUAUCCAGACGCUUUUACGUACAGGGUAUGUAAAACAAAUCUGGCUAAUGGUCGGUUACCCACUAGAAUAGCACUUCGUCCAGAUUCAUUCUACAGCUGGACAUUCAUUCGCCAUGGACGACUUUCAGCCGGGGGAACUGUGUGCUUACUACCGCCUGUGUCGGUACCUGGGCAUAUUCUGCAUCGACUACAAUCCCACCAAGAAGAGGUUCCUCUUGCGGCGCAGUAUCGUCUGCUACGUGGUGCACUUUGCCCUGCAAACCUAUUUGGUGGGUUGCUUGGUGGUCAUGGUCAUGUUUUGGCGAAGAUGCUUCAGGAGCGAGCUGAAUGCGACCGGAAACCACUAUGACAAGCUAGUAAUGGUGAUGGCCCUGGGCAUCCUCAUCGUCCAGAAUGCCUGGCUCAUUUGGCUGCAGUCGCCGCACCUUCGGAUCGUCAGGAAAAUAGAGUUUUAUCGCCGGAAGCACCUGGCUAAGGUGCGACUAGAGCUGCCCAAUCGCCUGCUCUGGGUGAUCAUCGCCACCAAUCUCUUUUACACGGCUAACUUCAUCAGGACCUGCAUUUUCGAGUGGCUGUCGGAUGCCUCGCUGUUCUUCGUGCUCACCACGCUGGGAUUUCCUUUGCGAUAUCUGGUCACUAGCUUUACCAUGGGCACCUACUUCUGCAUGGUGCACAUCCUGCGCUUGGUGCUCAUCUGGAAUCAGUCGCAGAUCACUACACUCCUCGAGCAAUCGGGAGAUCUCAAAAAGAGCAGCGCCCUCGUCCUUCGUUUGCGUGGAUGUCUGGAGCUGCACGAUCGCCUGGUGCUGCUCUGCAAUGAUGAAAUUAGCCUGGUUUACGGCUUCAUCGCCUGGCUGUCGUGGAUGUUCGCCUCCCUGGAUGUAUCUGGCUUCAUUUAUCUGACCAUGGUGGUUCAGACCCAGAAACCGCUCGUUCUAAAACUGGUGACCAGCAUUUUGUGGCUUUCGCCAAGCUUUAUGAUCUGUGCCGCCUGUUUCAUGAGCAACCGCGUCGGCAGUGCGGCUAACAAAACAGCAAAGAUAUUGGCUAAAGUCCCUAGAACCGGAACUGGUUUAGAUAGAAUGAUUGAAAAGUUCCUACUGAAGAACCUUCGACAGCAGCCCAUUCUGACAGCCUAUGGCUUUUUCGCCCUGGAUAAAAGCACUUUGUUUAAGCUGUUUACGGCAAUCUUUACGUACAUGGUGAUUUUGGUUCAGUUCAAGGAAAUGGAGAACUCUACGAAGACGGUUAACAAAUUUUGAUAACUCACC